CACACACACAGACACACACACACACACACGAGGCAGGUAAGGCCAAGAAGCAGGAGAAGGGGAUAACAAGGAGAAUGCUGCUCUAAGAGGAUUAUCACGAUCUGUCUUGUCUACGGAUGCCUGGUUCACCGGUUGGAGAACUGCGCACCGGAACCUACCGAAAACCGGGAGAUGAAAAGGGUCAUACUCGCUUUGGUGCGAGUCGAAAGACGUCUUGAACCGGUCCUAUAUGUGGCCUGGAUUAACUGAGACGGUGCAGGAUGGUGUGCGAUAGUUGUGACCUGGUGGGAGCGCACGGAAGACCGUCACCGGGAUUGCAUGCGCACGGUGCGGUUUCCUGAGGCGGGGUUUUUUGACAGGCUGUUUAUGACAUGAAGACCCGACCUGCGGGGAUCGGCAAUGCCAAUGCCGACUGGAUGGGUUCGCUCCCCUCGAAGCUCAGUGCCAUGCCCCUCAAACACCUCGCCGUGCCAGGGUCUCAUGAUUCGUUUACCUACUGGGUUGAUGUGCAUGCUCCUGUGGGCCCAGACCAGAAGGUGUAUGUGAAGUAUCUCGCCACCAUGUUCAGCAUCUUAGCCAAGAAAGUCAUGGUGAAGUGGUCCAUGACCCAGAACCUGACAUUUAAAGAGCAGUUGGAGGCAGGAAUUCGCUACUUUGAUCUCCGGGUCUCCUCCAAACCAAGAGAGUCUGGACAUGAGAUCUACUUCAUCCACGGCCUGUUUGGCCACAAGGUGUGCGAUGGCUUGUUAGAAAUCAACACCUUCUUAAACCGGCACAGGAAAGAAGUUGUGUUCCUUGACUUCAACCACUACUAUGCAAUGGGAGCAGAGCAUCAUGUGUACCUCAUCAACAUGCUCAAGCAAGUGUUUGGCAGCAAGCUUUGCAACGACUGUGCAGUAGAGAGCAUCACUCUGGACUUCCUCUGGCAAAACAAAUACCAGGUGAUUGUGUUCUACCAUCAUCCAUCGGCUCAGCACAUUCCUGUCAUGUGGCCCGGAAACAAGAUCCCCGCUCCCUGGGCGAACACCACCCGACCCAAGAAGCUCACACAGUUCCUGGAAACUACACUACAGCAAAGAGCCAAGCAGGGCUCCUUCCACGUGUCUCAGGCCAUCCUCACACCCAAGUCCAAAACUGUGGCCAAGGGCCUGGUCUGGGGGCUUCGCAGCUACCUGGUGGAAAGAAACCUGCCAACCAUCAUGUCCUGGGUUGAGGCUCAGAGGCCGGGGCAGGAGGGGGUGAACAUCAUCACCUCUGACUUUGUGGACCUCACCGACUUCGCCAACAUAGUCAUCAAACUCAACAACCUGCUGUUGCCUGAACAGGACCGCAGACCGAGAUGACACAUGUGUGCACAACAGGACCAAUGUGUCUGGACCCCGCUGUGUGGCAGAGGUCGGACGACAGAUUCCUCCAUCAUUGUUGCAUAUAUAGUUGUUCCAUUAUUUUCAAUAAUAAUGUGUGAUUUACGUUUUUAUUUUAUUGUUGUCAUCUAGCACAUAGGUGCUUCUUGAACUGACAAGGUUGCCUUGCUCAAGGACACUUCCACAAUAGAUUACACAGGGAU